AUGCCACCACCCCAUUCAACAUACUCUCACGCAACCACCCAAAUUUCUUCACUCUCCCAACAACAAACCAUCCCCACACCACCACUCCCAUAUACCAUAUCUCACCAACCACCCAAACCAUCCCCACACCAUCAAAACUGCUCACCCUUCGUUCACCACCAACCCCCCACAACCUUCAAACUCUCGCAACCAAUUUCUACUCCGCAGAUGCUCCAACAACAAACAUCACCCACGACACCACAUCCAUAUAAACCAUAUCUCACCAACCAUCCAAACCAGCACCCAAUAACCAUACUCGACCACACCAUCCCAAAUUUAACUCUCGGCCAAACAACACCACCCAAUCACUUCAUAUCACCAUACUCACCAACCACAAACCAUCCCCAACACCAUCAAAUCCAUACUCUCGAGCCCAUACCACCCAAAUUUACUUCACUCUCCCCAACAACAAAACCAUCCCACACAUACCACCAUCUCCCAUAUACCAUAUCUCACCAAACACCCGCAAACCACUCCCACACCACCUAG